AUGAGCACCAACGCCUCCACAUCCGCCAAAGCCGCAUCCUCUCCAUCCCACACGUCUGCCAAACACACCGAAAGCCCCUCGCUCUACGGCACCAAUGGCAACAACGAUCUUCAGCGCGCUCCAUCUCGAGCACGCAAGUUGGGACAUGCGGUGAGGAACAGUAUCAGCGGAUUGUACACUCGGUAUGCGCACCAGAGAGAUGCCAGUCAGACUUUCAAACAGAUGCGCAUACAGGAAGGUCAGAGUGCACAGGCGUGCGUCCAGGGGAACGACGGUGCGGUGAGAAGUGACGAUGCUGCUGGGAUCGCAAACAAAGAGGCGCUGGCGCAAGUGAAAGAUGGGAUCAAGGCGCGAGCAUCGUCGUCUGAGGAAGGGGCGCCGUCUGCAUCCACCUCUGCUGCUGCUCUUCAAAGUAGGCCAGCGGCGUCGAUAGCUGCAUCUCGAGAGCCUGCUAUAGUGCACCAAUCAGCGCCCCAACAAGACUCAGCGAUCAAACAUUCCAUUCCGAGUAUCGAAGCAGGUCCAUCCUCCCGAUCCUUGA